AUGGCGGAACUCGUGAAGGAGGGCAAGGUCAAGUACUUGGGCUUAUCCGAAGUGACGGCAAACUCGCUACGUCGCGCGCAUGCCGUGCACCCCAUCGCCACGUACCAGGUGGAACUCUCUCCGUCCUACCUUGAAAUUGAGAGGGACGAGACCGGCUUGCUGAAGACAUGUUGCGAGCUCAAGAUCACUAUCGUCGCGUACUCUCCUCUGGGGCGCGGCCUUUUUGACUGCAAGGAGAAGUUCUCGAAGAUCUUGAAGAUCGUGGACUUAAUGAAGAAAACAGGAUGUAAGCACGGUGGCGCAGCGCCCAGUACUGUCUGCCUCGCUUGGCUCCUCACCCAAGGAGACGAUAUCAUACCGAUUGCGGGAACGACCAAGCUCCUUUAUCUCAAGGGCAUCAAGUUGACUAACGAAGAGGUACAGCAGAUCCACGCGGCGGUGAAGGAGGCGGACUUUUCGGGGGACCGAUAUGGUAAAGAUCAACAGGAGCUUCUCCUUGUUGAAACUCCACCUUCGUAG